CUUUUUCUUCAUUUUGAUGUGAACAUUAACUGAAGCUCUUGUCCUGCAUCUGCAUGAUUUUUUUUGCAUCACGCUGCUGCCACACGAUUGGCCGAUUAGACGACUGUAUGAACGCGCAGGUGUACAGGUGCUGCUAUAGAGUAAGGGAAGACAGUAACUUUAACAGUUCAGGUUGAUAAGUUUCCAUGAUCAGUUUUGAGACACGUGUUUCCGUAUGUCUCUUGCCUUUCAGUCUGUUCUACUUGAUUCUGCUAAAAAAAAAAAAAAAAUUACCACGAUGUCUGCAUUUUAUAAACGGCCUCUGUUAGUCGAUGCUUUCAGGUUGACCUGCCCUUUUUGUUGGGUUUUCCCACUAAGUCUUUGUUGGCAGUGAACGUGAGUAUUGAAACUGAAAUGUCAAAUGCAGAAGAAUGAAGUCUCAGGUUAUUCCAAGAAAAUGUCAGUGAAUGCUGUCAGUGUACUGGUGCGCAUUUAAGAGCUGAAUGCUUUCUUUGCUGCUGGAUAUUUCAGUAAGAACUCUGCUUUAAUCCUGCAGUCUGAAAUGUUCCUGUGUAUGUGUGUGUGUGCAUACUUUACCAUACUAGAUGGGUAGAUGGGUUAUGCCUAACAGCCCCUGGGUGUGUGUGUGUGUGUGUGUGUGCGCGCGCGCCUUCUCAGGAUACUGAAGAUGAAGCCAGAGAUGAGUCCAGUGUGAUUUUGCCUCUUUGUUUCAGGGCUGUAUCUGAGGGUGAAGAAUGUUCUGAUGGCUGGCUGUGAAGAACAGGAACAAGGGAGAGGCGAGCCGACUCGGCCCUUUUAACUGAGCCGGCUUAUGAACCGGCGCCAGGAGCUGUGCCAUUCUCCUCCUGCCCUGUUGGGACGAAGGGUGGCGCAUAGCACGGGGGUUUGACUUGGCACCGUGGCGCAGAAGGCACGAGGCAAAGCGAGACCGAGACAUGUCGGAGAGCGAGGAUGCUGAUCACCCUCGCUUCUUCGUUGGUGCUGAUGAUGGCGAAGGAGAGGAGCUGCUAGACCCAGGCCGAGUGCUGGGCUACGACUGCCUCUACGAGAACGUCGAGGAGGAAGACGAGGAUGUGGAUGAGGAAGAGUACGACUCGCCUCCAGAGAGACAGAUAGUGGUGGGAAUCUGUGCCAUGGCCAAGAAGUCCAAGUCCAAACCGAUGAAGGAGAUCCUAGAGCGCCUUUGUCUCUUCAAAUACAUCACGGUGGUCACAUUCGAGGAGGAGGUUAUCCUCAAUGAGCCUGUGGAGAAGUGGCCACUGUGCGACUGUCUUAUCUCAUUCCACUCCAAAGGAUUUCCACUGGACAAAGCUGUAGCUUAUGAAAAGCUCAGGAAUCCAUUUGUGAUCAAUGAUCUGGAUCUGCAGUACUGUAUUCAGGACAGGAGGGAAGUGUAUCGUAUCCUGAAGGCAGAGGGUAUCCAGCUUCCACGCUACGCCGUCCUUAACAGAGACCCAGCCAGACCAGAAGAAUGUAACCUGGUUGAGGGAGAGGAUCAUGUGGAGGUAAAUGGGGAAAUUUUCCAGAAGCCUUUUGUGGAGAAGCCAGUGAGUGCUGAGGACCAUAAUGUGUAUAUCUACUACCCCACAUCUGCAGGAGGGGGCAGCCAGAGGCUCUUCCGCAAGAUUGGCAGCAGAAGUAGUGUCUAUUCCCCUGAGAGUAGUGUCCGGAAAACCGGCUCUUACAUAUAUGAAGAGUUUAUGCCUACAGAUGGGACUGACGUUAAGGUGUACACAGUGGGUCCAGACUAUGCCCACGCCGAGGCCCGUAAAUCUCCCGCUCUGGAUGGAAAGGUGGAACGAGACAGUGAAGGAAAAGAGGUGCGCUAUCCUGUCAUCCUCAACGCCAGAGAGAAGCUCAUCGCCUGGAAAGUCUGCCUGGCCUUUAAGCAAACAGUGUGUGGGUUUGACCUUCUUCGUGCUAACGGCCAAUCAUACGUCUGUGACGUGAAUGGCUUCAGCUUUGUGAAGAACUCCAUGAAAUAUUAUGAUGACUGUGCAAAAAUUCUGGGGAAUAUCAUCAUGCGAGAGCUAGCGCCUCAGUUUCAGAUUCCGUGGUCCAUCCCUCUGGAAGCAGAAGACAUUCCCAUAGUUCCCACCACCUCCGGGACAAUGAUGGAGCUGAGGUGUGUGAUUGCUGUGAUCCGACAUGGAGACAGAACUCCCAAGCAGAAGAUGAAAAUGGAGGUUCGACAUCAAAGAUUCUUUGACCUCUUUGAAAAAUACGAAGGGUAUAAAAGUGGAAAGCUGAAACUAAAAAAGCCAAAGCAACUUCAGGAAGUUUUAGACAUCGCCAGACAGCUGUUGGUUGAACUAGGGCAGAAUAAUGAUACGGAAAUUGAAGAAAGCAAAGCCAAACUUGAGCAGCUGAAAACGGUCCUUGAGAUGUAUGGCCAUUUUUCAGGUAUUAAUCGCAAGGUCCAAUUAACAUAUCUCCCGCACGGCUGCCCAAAAACAUCUAGUGAAGAGGAAGAUGUUCGGAGGGAUGACCCAUCCUUACUACUGGUGCUGAAAUGGGGUGGGGAGUUGACUCCAGCAGGCAGGGUACAAGCAGAGGAACUGGGUCGAGCUUUUAGGUGCAUGUACCCUGGUGGACAAGGUGACUACGCAGGUUUUCCUGGCUGUGGCCUGUUGCGUCUGCACAGCACAUAUCGACAUGACCUGAAGAUCUACGCUUCUGAUGAGGGCCGGGUUCAGAUGACUGCAGCCGCUUUUGCCAAGGGUCUCUUGGCACUGGAGGGUGAGCUGACCCCUAUCCUGGUGCAGAUGGUGAAAAGUGCCAACAUGAAUGGUCUGCUGGACAGCGACAGCGACUCUUUGAGCAGCUGCCAACAGCGAGUUAAAGCUCGACUCCACGAGAUCCUGCAGAAAGACAGAGACUUCACUCCCGAAGACUAUGAAAAGCUGGCUCCCACUACGAGUACAUCACUAGUGAAGUCCAUGCAGAUGAUCAAGAACCCAGUAAAGACGUGCGAUAAAGUUUAUUCCCUCAUCCAAAACCUUACUCUGCAGAUCAGACAGAGGAUGGAGGACCCCAAGUCAGCAGACAUCCAGCUGUACCACAGCGAGACUCUGGAGCUGAUGCUGCGUCGCUGGUCCAAACUGGAGAAGGACUUCAAGAUGAAAAAUGGACGCUACAACAUCAGUAAGAUCCCAGACAUCUACGACUGCAUCAAAUACGACGUGCAGCACAACAGCUCGCUUAAGCUGGAUAACACCAUGGAGAUCUACAGGCUGUCUAAAGCGCUGGCUGACAUCGUCAUUCCACAGGAAUAUGGUAUUGCUCAAGCUGAGAAACUGGACAUUGCCAAAGGCUACUGCACACCGCUGAUUCGCAAAAUCCGCUCCGACCUCCAGAGAACACAGGAUGAUGACACAGUCAACAAACUUCACCCAGUUUAUUCCAGAGGAGUCAUGUCUCCGGAGCGUCAUGUCCGCACCAGGCUCUACUUUACCAGUGAGAGUCAUGUGCACUCUCUCCUCUCCAUCCUACGCUACGGAGCUCUCUGUGAUGAGACCAAAGAUGAGCAGUGGAAGAGGGCCAUGGACUACAUGAGAGUGGUCAGUGAGCUUAACUACAUGACCCAGAUUGUGAUCAUGCUGUAUGAGGAUCCCAAUAAGGAUCCAUCUUCAGAGGAGCGUUUUCAUGUGGAACUGCAUUUCAGUCCGGGAGCAAAAGGCUGUGAAGAGGACAAAAACCUUCCAUCAGGAUUUGGCUACAGACCAGCAUCCAGAGAGAACGAAGGCCCCAAAAAGAAGUUGCAGAACGACAGCGACGAGGAGCCGAGUAAUUUAAAGCGGGACGAGCCAGAUCGAGCCCUCGUCAUGUUCCGACCCAUGGUGUCCGACCCCAUCUACAUUCACAGGAAGUCUCCUCUUCCACGAUCCAAAAAGAUCGGCUCUGUAGAAGAAGAAAGCCCCCUGAGUGUGUCUAGCCCUGAGUCUAUUGGUACCUGGAUACAUUACACCUGUGGUGUUGGUACUGGGCGUCGAAGACGCAGAUCAGGGGACCAAAUAACUUCCUCCCCUGUCUCCCCCAAAUCACUGGCUUUCACAUCCAGUAUUUUUGGCUCAUGGCAACAGGUUCUUUCGGAGAACAACAGUCACGCAAGGCCAGGCAGACUACACACAGAUCAGAAGCUCACCACUGGAAUAGGGUCUCAUUGUGCUGGCCUGUUUAGCACCAUGGUGCUGGGAGGCUCCUCCAGCGCCCCUAACCUACAAGAUUAUGCUCGCACACACCGUAAAAAGCUGACCUCUUCUGCCUUCUUAGAUGGCUUUGAGUUAUACUCCAUGGUUCCCUCCAUCUGCCCGCUGGAGACCCUCCACAACUCACUGUCCCUUAAACAAGUCGACGACUUCCUCGCCUCGAUUGCCACCUCUCAUGAUUCCCUGCUGGAAAUGUCCUUGUGUUCACCAGCUGCUCAAGGAAAGAAAGUUCCUUUAAACACGUACACUCCUGCAAAAGUUUUACCGUGUCCUUUCACUCAAGCUGUGGGAAAGAGGUCACCAGAGCGCACAUAUUCAUCAGGCAUCGGAAGCUCUCCGUCCAGAGCGGCCCGAUUGAGCAGAGCCGACGCUGUUCAGCACGUUGCCGCUGGAGACAAAGCGUUACAGCAGAGCACACCUCCGCGGUGUAGAGAGCGCAACAUACCCGCUAAGCCCAACACUGCAGAACACACUUCCAUUAGCAUCCUGGUCUCUUCUCCCCCAACAUCCUGUAAAGCUCAACUCAACUCAACCUACCAGGAGGACAGUCUAUCCACCCACACUCAAGCCUGGACAGGAUGCUGUAGAGUCUCAUCACAACUCACCCGUCCUCACACAAGUGUCACUAAAGCACAUCCGGCAUCGUUCAGUGACAGUCAUGUCCAUAUCACGCCAAAACAAACCAACUCGGAGGAAACUCAGAGUGGAGCCGUACACGUGCACAAGCUUACCAAGCAGACUGUUCAAGAGGAGCACCAUGAAGGCAAAAUGUAGCCACGUUCUCAAACAGCAGUAAUGCAAAACUCGUCAACGACUGUGUUAAAAGACCACAAAAUUAUGCUUGAUUCCACGAAACCGACCAAACCUUGAAUUUCACUGAAACAGUGAUAGCACUAUCACUUAAUGAUUCCUGACUGAGAGAAAACUUAUUUUAACAGUAGUUUAGCGGUAGUACAAUCUGAUCUAUUAAACACACUCGUCUAAUCGAUACUAUCGCAGACAUGACUGAUUUACCAUAUAGUAUGAUCUCGACUGUACUCUCCUGAGGAAUUUAUUUCUCAUAUCUUGUAUAUUUGAAUGUAAACCAGAUGUAUACGCUCAUAUUAGAUCCAUUUCAUCCUAGUCUAUUUUGAAUUCAUCCUGAUCAUUAACUAAACAACACCUUUUGAAUAUUAUCAAGCUCGAAAGUAAAAUGUAAUGAAACGAAAAGUUCUAUUUUUCACAUAUCGUUGGUUACCAAAAAUGUGCAUUUUAUUUUUCCUUCUCAUUAAGCUGUAGAUGAGAUGUCUGCCUUAAGGUAAUUGUUGUGAAAGGUAUUUUUCACCAGUGUAUGCCAUGCAAACCAAACAUGAUUGUAAAUAUAUACAUAUAUAUGUAUGUGUAUAUUGGGAAUAAACCUCAGUGGAACCCCUGUUAUAUGUAUGUAUUGAUAAUCUUCUGUAUGUAAAUGUGAAAUUUAGAAACAAAUAUAGAUUUCAUGAUAAUUGUAUAUUAAAUAAACAUGGUAAUCUUUUCAGUAUUUUAUGUGCUGUUAUAGCUGUUGUUAAAGCAGCUUUUACCAUUUGAAAUAUGAUUAAACUGGACCAACAAAAUA